CUGUCAGUCACAGAGACGCCCCGCCCCCCGAGUUCAGACUGCGGACCGCUCCGGGACCAGAACCCAACACCCCCUGAACCAGUACUGAUUGACUGUAGAGAGGUAGUAGUGAUCAGGUGAUCGAUCAGGUGUGAUCGGCUGGUCGGUAUUGGGGAAUGUCCCGGCUGCUGGAGAGCAGGAGACAGGACAGGAUGAAGGAAAUCAACCUGAAGAAUAAGGAGAAGGCGCGCCAGAAGGAGCGAGAGAAGGAGGCGCGAGAGAGGGAGGUCAGGAACAGCAGCGGCCACCUGUUCACCUCCCUGACUGUGUCCUCCACCACCCUGUGCUCCUCCUGCAACAGGAGCAUAACGGCCAAGGAGGCGCUCAGCUGCCCAGCCUGUAAUGUCACCAUCCAUAACCGCUGCAGAGACAGUCUGGCCAACUGUGCAAAGAUGAAACAAAAGCAACAGAAGCUGUCGCUGGUGAGAAACAGUUCAGCUCUGCAGAACGUCGCCAUGCGCACUAAAACUCCGAUGAUGAAGGAGCGUCCGAGCUCGGCCAUCUAUCCCUCAGAUAGUCUUCGUCAGUCUCUGCUCGGGUCCAGACGGGUUCGCUCCGGCCUCUCGCUCGCCAAGAGUGUCUCCACCAAUAACAUUGCAGGAAUGUGUGAGGACGCUGUCGGUCUCAGGAAGAUCUUGUCUCACUCCACUGAGUCUCUGAACUUCAGGAGCAGGACUUUGUCCCUGGAGUCUCUGAUCGACGACGGUGAGUGGUGGUGGAGCACCCUGCUGGAUGACCUGAAGAUGGAGGGCAGCUGUGUUCAGGCCGACAGCUGGAGUCUCGUUGUGGAGCCACACUUCCUGCAGACGCUUCACAAAGACAUCAUCAAAAAACAGGAUGUCAUCUACGAGUUGAUCCAGACGGAGUUCCACCACGUGCGGACGUUGCGGAUCAUGGAGGGCGUGUACCGGCGGGGGAUGCUGGAGGAGGUGAUGCUGGAGGCGGCCGUGGUUCACACCAUCUUCCCCUGUCUGGACCAGCUGCUGGAGUGGCACUCCAGCUUCCUGACGGAGCUGCUCAACAGGAGGAAGGAGGGUCUGAUGGAGGGCAGCGCCACCAACUUCACCGUCCGCAGCAUCGGAGACCUGCUGCUCAGACAGUUUUCAGGUCAGUGUGCAGACGACAUGAAGAAAAUUUACUCUGAGUUCUGCAGUCGACACCCGAAAGCUGUGAAACUCUACAAAGAAGUUUUAUCUCGAGACCGAAGACUGCAGCCGUUUAUCAGGCGUGCCUGUCGUGGUCCUCUGCUGCGUCGUCAUGGCGUCCAGGAGUGCAUCCUGCUGGUGACACAGCGGAUCACAAAGUACCCCGUCCUCAUCCAACGAAUCUUGGACAACACCAAAGGCAAUGAAGAGGAGGCGCAGGCGUUGAGCCGGGGACUGCUCCUCCUGAAGGGGCUGAUCAGCUCGGUGGACCAGGAGGUGCUGGAGCUGGACCGGACCAGGAGGCUGCAGGAGAUCCAGGCACGUCUGGACCCCCGGGCCCAGACGGAGGUCCAGGGAGGAGGUGUGUUCAGAGGAGGAGAGCUGCUGAGGAGGAGGCUCCUCCACGAGGGACCUCUCCUCUGGAAGGUCCAGGGCUCCAGGAUGAAAGAUGUGCAGGUCCUGCUGAUGUCAGACAUCUUGGUUUUCCUUCAGGAGAAAGAUCAAAAGUUCAUUUUCGCAUCACUGGACAAGUCUCCGGUGGUCUCUCUGAACAACCUGAUCGUCAGAGACAUAGCCAAUCAGGAGCGAGGGAUGUACAUAAUCAGCGCCUCCACUCCUCCAGAGAUGUACGAGCUGCACGCUUCGUCUAAAGAAGGCCGGAAGACCUGGAUGAGCCGCAUCCAGCAGACUGCCCUCAGCUGUCCGUCCAGAGCCGAGUUUCCUCUCAUCGAGACUGAAGACAAAGCUUUAAUACGCAGACUCAGAGCUGACAUCCAGCAGAAAGACAGGGAGGUGCUGGAGCUCCUGCAGGAGCGAGUCACUCUGUUUUCUGACUGGGUGGAGGCGACAGGAAGAGGAGGAGGAGAUGAAGAAGGAGGUGAGGAUCUCAGCACCUCCUCCUCCUCCUCCUCCUCCUGCAGGAACCUAUUCAGAGCCGACACUCCUCACGCUCCUCAGGCGGAGCCGCUCCUCGCCGCCUCCAUCACUGAAGUGGACAAACUGACUGAUCUGCUGCUGAACUCCAACAUCCACAAACACUCCGUUACCAACGGCAACCAGGAGCUCAGCAAUGGAGACUCUGGUUCUCUGAACGGCUCUUUUGAGUUGAACAGCAGCUCCUCGAAGGACAGAAACGGUAACCAGCUGCAGGAACGAACCCUGAAAGAGGAAGUCCCUCAGCGAUUGGUCCGUCUGAGCACACAGCUUCACGCCCUGCAGGCUGCUGUGAUUCGUCAGGAUUCCAUCCUGGAACUGUCAAUCGGAACAGGCCUUCUCCCCUCGUCUACUACAGGCCCCGCCCCCCGCCUCAGCCGCUCGAUGUCACGGGACACGGGGCUGGAUGCUGGUGGCGAGGCGGUGCUGCUGCGGCGGCAGGUGGAGCUGCUCCAGGAGGAAGUGACACGGCUGCGUUUGAGGGGGGAGGAGCCAACCGGAGAGGGGGUGGAGCCUGGCAGCAAGAAGAAGAGCAAAGGAAAGACUGGUGAUGUCAUCAAGGGAGAACAGUUGAGCAGAAGGCGUGGCAGCAGGGAAUCGGAGCCUCGCACCCUCGCACCAUUGGCUAGCCAGGAUCCGGUUGACCAAUUAGACGGCGUCCAGGAAGGAAACAAGGAGGAAGAGGAGGAAGUGAUGAGAAUCUCUCCUCGCUCUGACAGCCCCAGAGACCUGCAGGACAUCCCAGAGGAGAGCGAGAGCGGAGCUGAUCCCAGUUAACAUCACACCUAUAGCUGAUGACCUCAGGGACCUCCGCUGAUGUCACUACGGUGACAGUCACCGUCAGACUUUUGUAAUGAAAGUUGGAGAUGAUGUCAUUUCCUGUUUUACAGAAGUGUUUUAGACCAAAUUGGACUUCUGGUCGCAGCUGUCGUACUUUUGCUCCUGAAUUGUUUUCUGAUUGUUGCCGUUAGGUUAGAAACAGGAAGUACAGUAUAACGUGACCUGUUUACAUCAUCACGUCAGCUGGAGCCCCGCCCACAGGCGCUGAAGUGGGCGGGGCAUUGUAUUGGGAGGGCGGAGUUUAAAUAGUGUCAUAGCACUUGUUUUCUCUGUCUGGUUCCCUCAGUGGUCACCACACUACAUUACCCAGAAUGCCUUCAGCUUCAGUCACAACCUGCUGGGGUGGGGGGUAUAAACUGUAUUUAUAUGGUAACUAAAACUAAACGUAGUUUAACUUUAGAAACAUUUUGUAGGAUUUUAGUCAAAGAGACUAAAGUUUGAGUUUCUGUCUUUUGUGAAACCAAAAAACUGUUUUUUAAAUUUAAGAUUAAAGUGAGAAUUUAUAUGUUUCCAGAAAUGUUUCCAGAAUUAAACCGUUUUUAAAGGACCACUGCAAAAAAACAAGAAGGAAACAGGAAGCUGUUUGCUGUCUGACUGAAACAGGAGAUCACUGCUGAAGUGCUCCUGUCUAUUAGCAUGUUAGCAUGUUAGCAUGUUAGCGUGGCUAUUUCUUUUAUACUUGUAUAGAACCUGAUCGUAUAUUGUCUUAUUGAUUGGUUGGUUGCAACCAAUCAGCUUGUUUGAAGAUGUUUUUAUUGAGAUGAGGUGAACAUCUUAAAGGGAACAUUCUCCAUCUUUAAUGUGGACGUCCAGUCAGUGCUGAUGGUCAUUGUAGUCCAUUGAAGCAAUAAAUUCCUCAGUGCUGCCAUAUUGACCCAGAGAGCUGAGUUCUCCUGCUCGCUACCAAACAACGUAUAUCGCUAACAAGUGAAAGUCAAGAGUAGUUCGUUCCAUUGCAACAUUUAUUGCUUCUAUCGACUACAUUGAGCAUCAACACUGACCGGACGUCCACAUUAAAGAUGGAGAACUUUCCCUUUAACCAAAACACUUUGAUCUGCAGAGCAGAACUUUAUUGACAGUGUUUACUGAUGUCCAAAUAUUUCAUUAUAGAUUUAAAAAUUAUGGAUGAAGGAGCACAUUCGCCAUGGAUACAGUAACCAUGGACACCGCUCUGGUGUUUAUUCUGAUGACGGUGAUGAUCUCAGUGUGAAGGACUCUUGGUGGACAUCUCACUGUCUCAUUAUGAUUUAAAGGAGGAGGAACGACAGACUGAACGCUGUAUAAACAUAUUUAAUGAGGAAGGAAUAAACCGUUAAAGAUCACAUGAUACAAAAACAAUCUGCCGUGUACAUUAACAUGUUCAAGUCCAUCAAUGUAACACACAUUUAUACAUUUCUAAAAUACACCGAGAACGAACAAAUAUAGUCAGACAGACUGUCUAAAAACAAUAAAUAUUAAUCUUUUUAACCUCUCUUAAUAAGAUGCCAAUUUGUGUUAUUUACACAUUUAUAUUUCAACAUGUUUUCUCGCUGUAUGUUUAUUAAAAUAGUAAAACUCUCUGUUUGUUACAGUUGAUGGUUUCAGGUAUUUUUGUCUCAUGUGAUCCUGUUUUAUGACUUAACCUCCUGAUCGUUGAAUCUCGUCUCUGGAAACCGUCAGUUUGUCUUUGAGCUGAACGCCGAGAGUUCGUGUUCAGAUGUUCAGGUUGCGAUUCUGAGAUCUGUGACAGCAGUUUGAUGUUCGGACUGAGCUCUAAACUGAACUGAUCUGGAGUCAGAAACAGAAUCUUCUUAUUGUAGUUUUAGAAACUUUGAGCUGAAUUUAGUGUCUGUAUAAAGAUUUGAUCAGAAAACUGUAAAUGAUUUUUGUUGUAAGUUUAUUGUUUGUAUGUGUGCUCAUUAUAAAUCUAAUCGGCUGGAUAAAA